GGUCAGCAAAACUGGUCAGUUCUCACUAGUUCACACUUAUCUAUUGAGAAAACAUAUUUCACGAACGUGAAUUUAAGAUAAUGGUGAUUGAUAGCGGAUUUUCUAUCGCUGCUUACGUAUCUACGUUGCGUGUGCGUAUAAACCACGUUCGAGUUUGAAUAAAACCACACGUGGGGAGGCUGAUUAGGUGCAUGACUAUAGAACUUAUUUGACAUACACGAACACGCUAAAACCAGAUCAAGUCCACGGAUAUUGAUAAAUAAACAAAUACUUGCAUUAUCUAUUGAAAACGACGUCUGUAGCCCGCAUUAAUGUAAUAAACUUUGAUGUUUGAAAAAUGACAACAAUUUCGAUUGCUGGUCGCACGUGCUCGGUAUCUGGUUUAUCUAUAUAAAGGUGGGACACUCGUUUAUCAUUCAUUGUUGUACAAUCAAGCAAGCAAGAUGAGGGUUCUAGUAUUUGUAGUAACAUUAUUAACGUCGUCCUUAGCAACACAGUUGUCUAUAGACGAAAUAGAGGAAUUGUUUAGGAAGAGAGUAAGGAAUGAAUUGUCCGAAUUAGAAUCUCAAAAAGUGGAUGAUUUGAUGGAGUUGUUCCGCCGCCAAGAUUAUUUAUCCAAAAUGACGGAAAAUGAACGGAGCAGUAGAAUGUCAUUGGAUUGUGCAUUUUGCCGAGCGGCGUUUAGUACAGUAUUUGAAUACGUACACAAUAACCAAACGGCUGAAGCUGAACAAGUUGUUACAAACCUCUGCACUUCUUUGGGUAUUCAAUCUUACGUCGUUUGCAAAGGAGCUAUAGAACUCAAUGUGCCAAUAAUAAUACACAUAAUCGAAACGGUACCUGAGGCCACGCCAAGGGCGUUUUGUGGGCUUGUUUUACAAAAUGCGGGCAAUCCCAACUUUUGUAGAAUUGACGAUCCCAGGUUCGAGUGGGAAGUUGACCUGCCCGAGCAGGCGCCAGAAACCCAGCAACAAGACCCUCUCGCCGAUACAAGACCACUUAGAAUAGCUGUUAUAACCGAUGCCCAUAUUGACCCUUUGUAUGAAGCCCAUGGAGUUGCCGACUGCGACCAACCAGUUUGCUGCAGAGUUGGGCAAUCACCAGCUCAUCGAUAUAUUUAUCCGAUGAAACGAUCCAUCGCAGAGGAAAGUUUAAUUGAUCGGAGUGUUAAAGACGAUAAUGAUGAAAUUAAAAUAGAUUUAAGCGUAGUUCCUGAGCUACGUCAGUUGAGAAGAUCGAUACAAACCAGAACUUUGGCGCCAAGAAAUUCUGCACCAGCCGGCUAUUGGGGAGACUACAGAGACUGUGACACGCCCAUUUGGGCAUUUGAUAACGUUAUCGAUACUAUUACAGAGUCCCACACGAAUAUUGACGUAGUAUAUUACAUCGGUGACACAGUUGACCACGGAGUAUGGGAGACCACAUAUGAAAUGAUUGACGACAGUAACCGACAUAUCAUUGAUAAAAUCAGGUCUAAUUUUGGAGAUAAUGUACCUGUCUUCCCUGUUAUUGGAAAUCAUGAAUCUCAACCGACAAACCAAUUCGCCCCAUCGUAUGUGCUUGGCGAACAUAUAAACACAACAUGGUUGUACGACGCUCUUACAAAAAAAUGGGAUUUCUAUCUGUCUGAGGAUGCAAAAGAAACUGUACGAGCACGUGGAGAAUAUUCGAUGCUGGUCAGACCAGGACUUAGGGUUAUUGCUAUGAAUAACAACGUUGCCUAUAAAUAUAAUUGGUGGCUAGUUUACGACCCAUUGGAUGCGAAAAGACAUUUGGAGUGGUUGGUUGACGAGUUAUACAAAGCUGAAAAGGCUGGAGAAAAAGUUCACAUCUUAGCACACAUACCAGCAGGAGUUAGCGAUCUUACGCAAACAUGGACAAGAGAAUACAAUAGAAUUGUUAACAGAUUCUCUAAAACAAUAGCAGCUGAAUUCAAUGGACACACUCACUCGGAUGAGUUUAAGAUAUUCUACAGUCUAAAAGAUGGUAGUCCUAUCAACGUCGCAUGGGGAGCCGGCAGCACUACCGCGUACACCUUCUACAAUCUCAACUACAAAAUUAUUGACUUUGACAGCCAAACUUACUACCCAGAAAAUAUAGUGAACUACGUGUACAACUUAACAGAAGCCAAUCUCACCCCAAACCGACCGCCUCAUUGGUUCCAGCUCUACGAUAUGAAAAAUACAUUUGGACUUCCCGACCUAUCCCCUGUAUCUAUGGACAACUUAGUCCACAGAAUGGUUACAGGAGAAAGACAUUUACUGGACAAGUAUGCAGCAUUCUAUUCCAAAGUCAACGACAUUCGCUGGUCAAGUUGUAAUGACUGGUGCAAAAUAGACAACCUUUGUAAAACAGUUGUCACUGUAUUGUGGCAAAGACAGAAGUGUGACGAAAUAAGAAACUUGUUCUUUUCUUAAGUUAUAUUAUUUAGAAAUUAAUGUUUUUUUUUUAAGAAUUUUCUCGAUAAUUCGAGGCGAUACUGUCGUAUGUCGAGGUUUCUAAUUCAUUUAAAUCACUAAUCUAAAUGUGAUGCUAUUAUCCGAAACCCU